AUGUCGUUCAAUCCUCUUUCCGCUAUUCUUAAAGAACACAAACUCGAAGGUCAUAACUAUAUUGUAUGGAAACAAAACUUAGAUAUCGUUCUCACUGCCGAAGAGUACAAAUAUGUGCUCACUACUGAAUGUCCACCUGAACCUGCUGCAAAUGCUUCUGCAACAGUGAAAGAAACAUACAGAAAGUGGUGUAAAGCCAAUGAGAUGGCGAAGUGCUGCAUGUUGGCUUCUAUGUCAACAGUACUUCAACAUCAGCAUCAAGGCAUGAACACUGCUACUGAGAUUAUGAACAAUCUUAAUAACCAUUUUGGUACUCAGAAUCGAGCGGCUAAAUCUUUAGCCUUUCGGAGCAUCAUGACUAAGGUUAUGAAGGAGGGCACAUCUGUGAGGGAUCAUGUCCUCGAGAUGAUGAGCCACCUCAAUCAAAUUGAGAUUUUGGGAGGGAUCAUUGAUCCCGAGUCCCAAGUAACUAUAAUCCUUCAGAGUUUGCCAUCUAGCUAUCAGCAGUUCAAGCUCAAUUUCGAGAUGAACAAGAGGGCUUACACCCUAGCUGAACUGUUGACUGAGUUGCAGCCAGCGGAGGAUCUUAUGGUCCAGACAAAGGCUGCUAUGAUGAGUUCUAGGUCGUCUUCCUCAGGCUCUAAGCCAGGUAAGGGGAAGAAGAAAGCCCAGAAUGUUGUAGCACCAAAGAUAGCUAAGGGCAAAAAGAAACGGGUGAACACGAACAAGAAGCAAAGUGGCAAGUGUUUCAAAUGCGGCGAAAAGGGGCAUUAG